GCGGCGCCAUCUAAACCGGUCAGACUUGGGAAGAGAUGGAUGGAGUAUCAGGGAAUCAAGAACUGGGAAGGCUUGCUCGACCCACUCGACGAUAAUCUCCGUGGAGAGAUAAUCAGGUACGGUAAGUUUGUCGAGGCCGCUUACAGUUCCUUCGAGUUUGAUACUUCCUCUCCGUCCUACGCCACCUGCCGGUUCUCGACUCACUCACUCUUGAAGAACUCCGGAGUGUCCAACACCGGCUACCGUGUAACUAAGAAUUUGACUGCCACUUCAGGGAUCAAGUUUCCUCGUUGGGUCGAGAAGGCACCGAGCUGGGUCUGGAAUCAGUCCAGCUGGGUUGGUUACGUGGCAAUUUGUGAUGACAAAGACGAGAUCGCUCGGCUCGGUCGGCGUGACGUGGUAAUUGCUUACCGGGGAACGGCUACAUGCAUGGAGUGGCUGGAGAAUCUACGUGCAACGCUGACUCAUCUCCCAAACGCUCCGUCGAAUGUGGGUCCUGACAUUGGCGGACCCAUGGUGGAGAAGGGUUUCUUGAGUCUCUACACAUCUGAAACCGCUACGUGUCGCAGCCUACGGGACGAGGUGAAGGAGGAGGUGGGCAGAAUCUUGCAACGCUACGGUGACGAGCCGCUGAGCUUGACCAUCACAGGGCACAGUCUGGGCGCAGCGCUGGCCACACUCACGGCCUACGACAUAACGACGACCUUCAAUAGUCCGGCUCCCUUGGUUACGGUGAUUUCCUUUGGGACGCCACGUGUUGGCAACCGGAGCUUUAGUUGCCACGUGGAGAGAUGUGGGACCAAGAUUCUACGCAUCGUUAACUCUCAUGACCUCAUAACCAAAGUUCCCGGCUUUGUAAUCGACGGCCACGACCACCAUGGUGAGCUUGACAGUGAAGAGGUUGGGAAGAGGAGGAAGGGUGCUGCCGGUAUGGCAGCAGGUCUACCGAGCUGGCUUCAGAAGCGAGUGGAGGAGACGCAAUGGGUGUACGCCGAUGUAGGGCGGGAGCUCCGAGUGAGCAGCGGUGACUCAUCGUAUCUGACGUGGCCUAUUACGAAUGUGGUGACGCAUCACGACCUGGAUACGUAUCUCCAGCUGGUGAGUGGAUACGUGAGCUCUAAGUGUCCUCUUAGGGAUACGGCAAAAAGAGUCCUCAGUGGGCGCCGAGCAGAGAAGUGUCAGACUCAGAAUAAGAUUAGAAAGCUAGGCGGAUGA